UACUCUUCUCCGAUUCACUGCGAUCCUGCACUUCCUGUCUCCAUCUUUACCGUUCCCUUCGAACAUAACAUUAUUUGUUUCCUACAAAUUCGUUCUUCCACCUUUUUAUAUUCAACAUUCUCAAGAAGACCAAGUGAAAUUGGAAUUCAAGAAUAAUUUUUUACUUCAAAUGUAAUCACCAAUAUUCUUCAUCUUUAAAGACCAAAGGAAGUUGCUAUGCAGAACACAUAUAACUUCAUAUAUAUAAAUCUGUGGUGAAUUUGCUUUGAAAUAUUUCCCCCUGACGAAGACUGUCAAAAAUUUCUUUACUUUACUAUCUGGAAUAUGAUCACACUGAUUUCAAGUUCUAAUUAAAUUUAGAAUACAACAGAGUUUAAUAUGUCUUCAGAUCCUGAUUAAGGUCACAGCUGAAGUAAUUAGAGCUGAAUUAAUUUCAAUUAGGGAUUUCAAAAAAUAAAUAAAAAGGAAAGCAUUUGUAUAUUGAUGUAAUAGAAUACGAGUAAUGGAAAAUAAGUUGUGUGAGGAUAAUGUUGAAUGUAAAUCACAAUCUAAAAGAAAUGAUUUUCUUGAUGAGAUACCGAAAGAUAUAGAAAAAAAAUCGUACCACUGUGACAUCUGUGAAAAGUCAUUCACUCGAAAAGAUAGCCUCACCAUUCACAAACGCAUUCAUACAGGAGAUAAACCAUAUCACUGUGAUAUCUGUGGUAAGGCGUUCUCGCAGACGGGUAGUUUGACUACACACAAACGCGUCCAUACAUGUGAAAAACCAUAUCACUGUGAUAUCUGUGGUAAAUCAUUCUCUGAAGGAACUCACUUAACUAAACACAAACGCAUUCAUACAGGAGAGAAGCCAUACCACUGUGAUACCUGUGGUAAGUCAUUCGCUCUCAGUGGUAAUUUAACUACUCACAAACGUAUUCAUACUGAAGAGAGACCAUAUCAGUGUGAUAUCUGUGGUAAAUCAUUUUCAAAUGGCAGCACUUUAGCAAAACAUAAGCACAUUCAUGCAGAAGAAAAACCAUAUCACUGUAGCAUCUGUGGUAAAUCCUUCUCUCAAACAGGUAGCUUAACCACACACAUACGUAUUCACACAGGAGAGAAACCAUAUCCCUGCGAUAUUUGUGGUAAAUCAUUCUCUCAAAAUGACAACUUGACUAAACACAAACGUAUUCAUACAGGAGAGAAACCAUAUCACUGCGAUAUCUGUGGUAAAUCAUUCUUUCACAAUUGUGACUUGAUUAUACACAAACGCAUUCAUACAGGAGAGAAGCCGUAUCAGUGUGAUAUCUGUGGUAAAUCAUUUUCUUUAAGUGGUCACUUAACUCGGCACAAAAAUACUCACACAGGAGAGAAAACAUUUCGCUGUGAUAUCUGUGGUAAAUCCUUCUCCGAGAAAGGUUACAUAAUUAAGCACAAGCGUAUUCAUACAGGAGAGAAACCAUAUCACUGUGAUAUCUGUGGUCGAUCGUUUUCUGAAGGGAGUAGCUUGACUAAACACAGACGUAUUCAUACAGGAGAGAAGCCGUAUCGCUGUGACAUCUGUGGUAAAUCAUUUGCUCAGAAAGCACGCUUGACCACCCAUAAACGCACUCAUACCGGCGAGAAACCUCAUAACUGUGAUAUCUGUGGGAGAUCAUUCUCUCGAACAGAUCUUUUAUCUUCUCAUAGACGUAUCCAUACAGGAGAGAAACUAUAUUACUGUGAUAUCUGUGGUAAAUCAUUCUGUUUAAGUCAACACUUGACCCUACACAAACGCAUUCAUACAGGUGAGAAACCAUAUCAUUGUAAUAUCUGUGGUAAAUCUUUCCUUCAAACAAAGGACCAUGUUUUGGACGUCUCCCACUACUGGGACGAAGACCGCUUCGCUCAACAGCAACAGCAGCAGUUAUAA